AUGAAUCGUAAUAUAGCUUCUCUUAUACCGUCAUUGUCGUCGUUUGAUAUACAGAAAUUUACAGAUGAUUGGAUUAGGGAAUAUGUAUUAUUUUUUGGAAAAUCAUUUUCACCGUCUAUAACGCAUCACCCUUUCCGAUGGGUUAUUCAUUCAUCAUUAUUGAAAAUCUUAGAUUCAUUUGGUUUAUCAAAGACUAUAACCGAAAAUAGUCCUACGUUCAAUGCUUUGAUGUCUAUCUGGGGAAAUCUAGAACCAUAUCCUGGUACUACACACGUUUUAAAAAUAUUGAGUAGAAAAUAUCAGUUAGCGUUGCUUUCCAACGGUGAUAAAGAAACACUGAAAGCAGCUCUACAUGUCUUUCCAUCUUCUGUAAAUAUUUCACUACUAUUAUCAUCAGAUUUUCCGGUAAAUUGUUUUAAACCAUGUUCAGCAAUGUAUGCUCAAGCAUUAGCUGCGGUCGGUGGUAAUAAGAACCAAGUUUUGCAUGUCGCUGGUUCAGCAGAUGAUGCGCAUGGUGCACGUACUUUUGGUAUUUUCUCUGGUGCCCUAGAUCCAUUAGCAGCAGAUAGAAAUCCAAAGCCAUGUUUUGCUUUUGAUGACAUACAACAGUUACUUUCAUUCUUUCAUCUUUAA